AUGAUCAGACGCCCUCGCAAUUGGGCAUCAGAGGCCCAGUUAACACACAAUGUGUUGAGAAGUCACGAUCUGAGCAACUUCCCGUCCAACCAGCCAACAACUUACCCGACACCAUCACCCACGCGCGUAAAAGCCACCGCCCAACGAGCCAAGAGCCAGCACCGCAACAUCCAACCUUAUGGCCCACGAGUCAAAGAGCCAGCACCCAAAAAGCCGACACUCAAAGAGCUAACACCCGCAGGUCCAGGAGCCAGCAGCGCAACGUAA